CUCCACCCCGCUUACAGCUGGCCUGUGAUCGUCCCUGCUCAGUCGCUCGCCUCCCAUCUCGCAUACUCCGCUGCCAGAAAUGUCCGGCUCCGAGGGCCUCAAUGACUUCGCCUUGGCUGUGGCGCUGGCCCGAGCUGGUGCGCGUGAACACGCCGACGCUCGGACCGACGCCAUCCGCCGUGGCGAGCGCGACGUCACCAAGGUGUACGCACACUCGCGUGCGGGAAACACCUCGCCCUCCUUCGACCACCUCUUGGAGUCGGACCUGGCUGCGCCGCUGGAGGUCUCCAUGAUUCCGACCGAUGUGCAUCAGGCUCGACGCCGGGCCGAAGAUCUCCAUGCGGCCGUUGGACCGGGCACUGGGGUUGGCUUCGCGACUGAGCUCCUGUCGCCGGCCUUGGUGGCCAUGCCGACGUCGCCCCAGCCUGGGCGCACAAGUCGCACCCCGCCGCUCGUUAGCCGGCCCGAGCCCGGGGUCCCUCAACGCUAUCCGGUGCUUGAUGCCGAUUCCAGCGACGAGCUGCUGGCCCCCCCACCUCGCGCCGGCCGUCGGCGUCUGUCUCUCUCCCGGGAUGAGACCAUGGAGUCUGGUGCCCUCCCGGGCCCGGGAUUCAUGUGGCCUGAGCAGCCCCAGCACUCGCACCAGCACUCGCACCAGCAGUCGCACCGGCCGAGCUCGCGCCACCAAACGCAGUCCCGCCAUCAGCCACAGUAUCACAACCAUCAGUACCAGCAACCGGGGUUUGUGAGUCCGGAACAGCUUCGGGAUACGGCUCCGCGGCGGGCUGUCGCACCGGCUCCUCGAGUUCCUCCAAGCACCAGUCGUGCCACUCCGCCUCUUUACAGCCCGGCGGUGUCGCAGCAUGAGUACAUUGGCGGGCCCUCGGUCCCGGGCUCGGUGGUCACCCGGCCCCAUGAGCAGAUUGCUCGCGAGCAGGCGGCCCGCGAGCGGGCUCGCAUGGCCAGCGAGGACCUGGAGCGCAAGCUCCGCCGCGAACAGGAGCAAGCAGCCCGCGCUCGUGCCCUGGCUGAGAUGCGAGACCGCGCAUAUGCCCGUCAGCUGGACCGGCAGUUGAACAAUGGCCACCUGGCCGACUCGUCCCGUUCGCCGGCAGUGGCGAGCAGCGACCCGAGCGCGGUGCCUGCCCAGAGCGCGGUCGACCAAUUCCUGGACCAUCUUCUCCAAACUUCCGACUCGGAUCUGAUGCGCAUGUCAUCCAUGUCCCUGAGUGAGUCGUCCUCGCUUGGUGGUCGUAGCAGCGGCAGCGGUGGGGGUCUCCCACGCAGUGGUGCUGUGGCGACGUCUCGCUUCCAGGCCUUGACCCUUACUCCCUCGGGCUCGGAGUCGAACCUCAGCCGUUCCGGCAGCGGCCUCCAUCUUCCACGGACCCUGGCCGAGGUGGAGCAGGGCCUCGCACGCACCGGCGGCGCCGGCAGUCCCAUGCCGGUGUCACCGAUGGGGGGCGGGGCCAGCCAUUUGAUGCGGCAGUCACAGCGCAUGCAGCAGCCCCCGCAGCAACCCCAGCAACAGCAGCACCGCUGGCCCCCGUCACCGGUGUCCCAGUCGUCCUCUUCUGCGGAUCUCCUCGUCCGCGGGGGCCCGGCCAACAGCCGCCCAGUGUCCCUGGGGGCGACCAUCGCCGGGGCGACGGCCCCAUCUCGGGUCACCAUGCACCAUGCCCUUGCCAGCCCUCGGAGCUCGGCCAGCCCAUGGGCCCCAGCUAGCCCCCGGGCCGCGGCCGCCAGCCCCCGAGGAGGAGGGCCCAACGCCUCCAGCUCGACUGGCAUUCCUCUGGAGCCGGUGCUCAGCUCCACCGAGAUCGGCAGCGGCUGGCGCAUCUCCCAGUCCUCGUCCACGGCCUCUCUCGGCAAUGGGGGGAUGACUGAUACCACGACUCCCGGAGCGGCGGCCACGCGCAUCCACCAGCAGGCCCCCCUGCCGGCCAUCAAUGUGGCCGCCACGUCGGCGGCUCCGGCCGGGGCCGCUGCCAUCACACGGCCCUUCAGCCACCCGCCCUCGCCAGAGGCCAUGGUCGACCCCAGCCGACAGAUGGAGAUUGACGAGGAGGAUGUCGGCAUUUUGAGCGACGACCUGCGCACACGGGUCCACGUUGGGACUCUGCAAAUGCUCUUCCCCGAUGGCCGGCACCCGCCCCGGUGCAUGAUGUGCCUGGGUGUGUUGGAGUUCGACAGCGCCAGGGCGCUGGUCUUGCCGCGCGGAUGCCAUGGCACCGGUCCCGGUCAGCACGUCUUCCACCCGAGCUGCCUCUUCCUGUCGGCUUUGUCAACCUCCGCCGGCCAUGACAGCGGGGUCAUUUCGGAGGAGUGCCCCGUCUGUGCUGGCCACAUUGAGGAGCCUGGCCUCAUGCAAUCGACCCCGGCCCUGCCGACGACCGGCAGCCCCAUGCCCAUGCAGGACCAGGGUACUGAGCAGUAUCAUUCUCAGCAGGAAGAGGAGGAGGAGGAGGAGGACUUCGAGCACCUGACCCCCCCGCUCUUUGACCAACCGUACUUCAACCAGUCCGGAUUCCUGGCCGACGUGGAUGAUGCCGGCGGCGUGGAUUCCGCGCAGUCAUCCUCGGCGACAGGGAUCGACUCCAGCCCGAUGGCCUUCCUUCGGAACAGCUUCCGUCGGUUCAAUGGCGAAAUGUGA